AUGUUUCGUCUAUUUUCUUUCACAAUUAUUAGUUUAGUUCUAAUCUAUACUAUUGAAAGUGCUAUUAUUGAAAAAUUUAUAACAGGAAAAGUAACUCAUGCUGGUUCAAAUACAAUAGAUAAAAAUUCACAAGUAAAAGUUGAGUUACGUGAUGUUAGUUUAAUGGAUGUAGCUUCGAAAUUAAUUGCAUCGACUACUAUAACUAAUGCAAAAAUAUUUCCUAUUUCAUAUAAACUUAAAUAUAAUCCAUCGGAUAUUAAACCUCAUCAUACCUAUGCAAUUCAAGCGAGAAUCACUGGACCUGACGAUAAACUUUUAUAUAUUAAUGAUGUUCGCACACAAGCUGACUUUAGUAAAUCAGCAUCGCCAAUGAUUGAUGUAGCAGUUAUUCGAGUUGGAGGAAGUUCAAACACUGAUACGAUAAAACCUAAUAAUAAAAAAGAAUGUGGACCAGUUAAGUGUCCAGGUAAGCCAAAACAAUGUCCAUAUGGUUAUCAAAAAAAACUAGAUGGUUGUGAAAUUUGUAAAUGUAAUGACCCAUGUAAUCCACCUGGAAAAGGAAAACUUUGUGGAUCUAAACAACGAUGUUUUAUUGAUAAGAAACCUGAUGGAACAUUUGAAGCUCGUUGUGGUACAUAUUCAUCGAAGAAUCCUGAUGGAAAUACACAUGAAAAGAGUGUUUCUAAUAUUGCGUGUAAGUUACCAAAAGAUGCUGGUAAUUGUUUUGCACAUAUGCCACGUUUCUAUUAUAAUUCAGCAACGAAAAGCUGUGAAUCAUUUGUUUAUGGAGGAUGUCAAGGCAAUAAAAAUAAUUUUCUUACAAAAACAGAAUGUGAAAAAGCUUGCAAAGCCUAA